GCUGAGUCUGGCCUCAAUCCCAGUGUCCCUGAGAGGCCCGCCGCAGGGGCGGCACAGGGCACAGUAUAAAUCGGAGGCAGCGUGCGUUUGGGCACUGCGGGGCCCAGGGUGGCAGCGUAGGAGCAGGAUGGAGAUCCCCGUGCCUGUGCAGCCUUCUUGGCUGCGCCGUGCUUCAGCUCCUUUACCGGGUUUCUCCGCUCCGGGACGCCUCUUUGACCAGCGUUUUGGCGAAGGACUGCUUGAGGCAGAGCUGGCUUCACUGUGCCCUGCUGCGAUCGCCCCCUACUAUCUGCGCGCCCCCAGUGUGGCGUUACCCACAGCCCAGGUGCCCACGGACCCUGGGUAUUUUUCCGUGCUGCUGGAUGUGAAGCACUUCUUGCCAGAGGAAAUCUCUGUCAAGGUGGUUGGCGACCAUGUGGAGGUCCAUGCUCGGCAUGAGGAGCGCCCGGAUGAACAUGGAUUCAUAGCUCGAGAGUUCCACCGACGAUACCGCCUGCCUCCAGGUGUGGACCCUGCUGCUGUGACCUCAGCACUGUCUCCUGAGGGGGUCCUGUCCAUCCAGGCCACACCAGCGGCAGCCCAGGCCCAACUUCCGUCACCACCUGCUGCCAAGUAGGGGUCCCAGCAUUACAGGACCGAACCCAGGAAGCCUCAUUAGGCUCUCUUUUAAAAGCCGAUCUGACUCCACUGCCCAGCCAGAUGUCCCAAACACUGUCAAGACAGCCUUUCCCAAUCAUGUCGAGAUGUCCUCCCCAGAGACCGUUCCACCCCAAACCCUCCCUGAGCCCUAGUAACCUAGACACCCUCCCUACGCCCUCUCCCAGCUUUCCAGCCCCACCCAGGACACCUCUCUAGGGACAACACAAAUACUACUGUCACCCCUCAGCCAAGGCUCCUAUCAAACUGACCCUACUUUGGGCUUCUAUCACCACUCAGGCCUCCUACCGCACUUGUAACCUGUGUAGAACACCCCAAGGUGACACCAGAGUACAGUGUAGUCACCUAAUUCUCCACAGUGACCCAGACUGCAUGGGCUUUCCACAUCGGAACAUCCAAGCCUAGUCUACCAGACUCUAGCUCCUGUUCCUGUUACCUAACACUCCUCUGCCCCAGCCCACUUUCCGACUUAAAACUCCAGGCACCUAAAUUCUUGAAUACUAUUCUGACCUCCAAUUCUUGGGACAUCUAUUCCCGACUAACCAGGAACCACCCAAACUCAAACUGUAUGGACACUUCAACUUCUCCAGAUGUGCUAGGCCAAUGAACAAGAACCCUUGAGCUCCUCUGUCCCAGCUCCCAUCUGCAGCCAGAUGUCUUGGGAAGCCUCCUCAACAUCUGCUAUUCGCUAAGGACACACCUUCAUUGCCAAUAUUUCCCGUCUCCACAGGCCUUCCUACCAUCAGUCCCCAAUAAAUGCACUUGAGAUUUUUCAA